AGAGUCUUAGUUAUUAUUGUGAGUGGAAUAAUGCUUGUUAGUAGCUGGCUGAAGAUAGUGCUGAUUGGCGGUGUGUUUGCGUUUGUUAGGCGUGCAGAAGUGAAGAAGAAUGGACAUCAAGUGAACAUCCGUAUAGGGCAUCUGCUGAAGAAUAACUCAGCACUUGCGCACGAACCGGACGUGCUGAGGUUGUGCGCAAAGGAGUUGGCACUUCGAAGUAUUCUACCGGCAAAUUUCACAUUGGAAGUGUUCACAAUGAGCUCUUGUGAGGCAUUCAACGGGGUCGAGCAUGCCGCUUUUAUGCAUUACAAACGUAGCACUACGGUUUAUUUUGGACCUGGUUGCAAUGACGAGAUGUUAGUAAUUGGGCGAUUGGCGUCACGAUGGAAUGUGCCUAUAAUAGCGCAUACGUCCGGACACGAUGCACUAGCGAAUCGACACAUAUUCACGACACUCGGAUCAGUAGCGCUUACGUCAGCCAUAGAAAUGGCGAAAGCCACUCACACGUUCAUACAGCUGAAUCGUUGGAAACAGGUAGCCAUCGUGCGAUCAUCUGAGGAUUACGAGCGCUUAUCGGUCUAUUCGUUAGCGAAUGUUUUGAAAGGGUCGCAAAUUUCAGUCAAUAUUCAACUUGAAGUGAAUUCAAUGGCCACUGUUGAUGACUUAUUAGCUUCGAACAUUCUUAAAACACUGAAACGUUCUGCAAGAAUAAUAAUCGUAGAGCUUGGCAUGGAUCUAGAUACGGUAACAAAUUUUAUGAUAGCAGUGCAUAGGUGUGGUAUGAAAACUGAAGAGUUUGUGUAUAUAUUGCCGUGGCUAGCUCAUGUGAGUUUCAAACACUAUUUAUUUCAUGUGAACGAUUAUUACCCGUGGGAAGCGAGUGGUGUGGAUAAGCACGAGGUGAAGGCCGCCUUCGAAAACACCAUCAUUAUAACGGCACAUGGCUACGACCAUAAACUCGUGAACGAGUUCCAGUUGAAGUUCGCCCAGGAAACUGGUAUUUUGUGCAGUCAUUAUGCAAGCAUAACAUAUAUGUCACUAUACGAUGCGUUAUAUUUGUAUGGACUUGCACUGCGUGAUGCAUUCGAUGAGACCGAUUCAGAGCACGUCUACUUAAACGGCUCAUUUUUGUGGCAAAAAAUGAUCAAUCGACAGUUUAUUGGAAUGAGUGGGCACGUACUGACAAAUAAGAAAGCGAUUCGUGUUCCAUCCUAUGCGAUUUAUCACGUGAGCAAUGGAACGGUGAGGGUCGUACAGCAAAUGAAAGCCACCCUUAGAGGUGACUGCUCGCGAGCUGAUGAUGACGAGGAGGACUGCUUCGAGCAUGUACCACACGAAUUGAUAAACGACUACUGGCCAUCAAAUGAUGGAAAGUUGCCUGAGGAUGAGCCGUAUUGCGGUUUCGAUGCGAGUUUAUGUGAUUAUACGAAUGUUUUUGUAUUGGCCGCGAUUAUCGCUUGUUUUACUAUAAGUGCGCCGGUGACGUAUUUGGUUUAUUUAAGAGAGAGAGAGAAGAGGUUGUACGAUAUGACGUGGCGUAUUCCGAGGGAGAGUGUUCGUUUAGUGGACGAUUCGAGAGCGGUGAGCAGCUUGUACUUUAAAGAUUAA